CUAUAUCAUUUUUGUGUACACGUUGGACGACUGUCGCUGUGACACUUGCAACGAAUAAAAGAAUGACGAUGAGUAAUCAGCAGUCCCGAUAAUAUGACAUCAACAGGACUGAGGAAUUCCCUAAAUGUAAAAUGUAUUGUGGAAGCUGUAGGAUACCGACAGUUAUGUGGGCCUUCGUAGUUUAAGAUGAGAGUGUAAUGAACUGGCUGCCUUCUUGACAGUAUUUGUCGCAAAUUAUGGCGUUUGCGGGUGCAGCUUCCUUGUUGAAGGCGCCUACUAUGUUGGAACAAUUGCUGGAAGAAAUAAACUUCCAGCGAACGAAAGAGAUGCGACAAUUACUAAAAGAUGAUUCUGGUUUUGUAAUGCUACAGGGUACAACUUAUUGGACAGAUUUGUUUGUGAGACACUUCUUAUUUCAAACAGAACAUUGUAUUGAUUGUGAUGAUCUGCUGUUCUUUGUCAGAAAACGUCAUGUAAAAGGUUCAUCGCGAUAUCUUCCAAAAUUUGAGACAGAAGUAGACGUGUUCCGCAAAGACAGUCGGAAACUACCUAUCGGUGAUCCUGACAUUGACUGGGAAGAAACAGUUUAUUUAAAUCUCAUUAUACAUCAGUUUGACUACACUCUCACACUUGCUAUAUGCACAAGAACAAGUCCUAAUGAACUACAGGUCCUGAAAAGACAUUCACAGAAAGUUUAUGCUUCUCCAAGCCGCAGACGAAUGGAUAUGAAGGGAGAGGUGGAAGAAAUGACGUAUCCUCAUAUUUGUUUCAUGGUUGACAAUUUUGAUGAGGUAUUUUGUGACAUACUGGUUAGAGAUGGCGAGAUGGUGUGCGUAGAGCUUGUGGCAUCUGACAGAGAUGGUGCCAUUCAGGGUGUCAUUUUUUUGGGUUCUAUUAGAUAUGAUGCCCUCAAGAAAGUAUAUGACGCCAGGUCAAGCUUAAGUAGCAAAAUGGCACAGAGAAUGACUUUUGGAUUGUUCUCUGGUGCAACAACACAACGUGUAGAAUUUGUACGGAUGAAAGGUCCACAAGGAAAAGGCCAUGCUGAAAUGGCAGUAACUAAACCUAAAGGCUCUGGAGCGGAAACCCCAACAUCGGAACCUGGACUGUGUGCAACUGACAUGUGGGACUCUGAUUGGGAUGAAGACCCGGAAGACUUUUUUGUUUACACACACCGGAGACGUUUGAGCGAUCCCAGUGCAAAUCUUAAUAAUUUUGUGCGUGGCGGAUGGAAGACAAAGCCAUAUGAGAGUUCAGGACCUAAAUCUCGAUCCGAGAAUGAGGGAUUGGACUCAAUGGCUAAUGGUGUGACAGAAAUAGAAGCUGGAGAUGUACGAGAUGAGCUCGGGUUUUGUCUGCACUCUUCUACUUCUACUGCUACUACUUCCUGUCCUCCUCGUUGUCGAUGUUCACCUCACAGAUCAACAUGUGCCAGUGUAGGGAGCAUGGGCAUGUCACAGAGCUUCUGUGAAGCCACAGCACCGCCGACUAACAGUACAACUCAAACAUCCAGGAGGUGUCCUUCCUGCAUAAACAAUAAUGAGCAGUGUGAAGGAUGCCUACAAACAGGGCAUUCUUUAGACUGUUCAUACCUAACUGGACAUGUCUGUGACAGCCAUUUUCAAAAUGACUUGCAGCCUGAUGUCACUGGAGCUGAAGCAAUUGACAGAAACUUUCAUGAUCUCAAUCUUGGUAUAGAACCACAAAUAACAAGAAAUGGGAACAAACAAGAUACUGCUGUGUCCCCAGAAGCCAUCUCCAGAGGGCAGAACAGUAAAUCCAGCAGCCAUAGAGUAAAGGAGUACCAUUCCAAGUCUUUACCAAAAAAGCUGAAGGACUCUGUAAACAACCGUGCCAAGUCAUAUGGCAGGUCAAUGACUCCACCUUGCCGGUUUACGCCUGAUGGUACUCUAGUGAAUUAUUGGUGUGACUUGCCACGUCGAGGACCACCAGGAGCUCACGAGUUAGAUGAUGGUGUGUACAAUCCCUUGUGGACCAUGCGUGGCUUUACUCAGACGUUCCAUUUCUGGAAAGAAAGCCGGAGAGCACAAUCUGUACCCCUAAAUGCUUUCCUUACCUAUAUUACCUUGCCGUGGUGGAGCAUAACUAAAGACAUUUUGGAUCAUCGAGAGGGUCCCAUUUUAACUUUCUAGCAACACUUUCUGUAUGUGAUCAUACAGUACAAAGCAGAAGAAGAUGUGGACAGUGCUGGACAAAAUGUGUUCCUUUGUUACUGCUCAUCCUGUUGCCAAAGAAUUUUAUAGAUGUAUCUUUGAAUGGUGUGUCGUGUGUUGAUGUAAGGAAUUGAGAAUUAAGUCAUUUAGAAGUGCAAUGUAGUAUAGAACAAUAUACUUAUUGACUUUUAUAAGUAUGUGCUGAUCUUCCAUAUCCUUUGCAUUUCACUUUUUGUUAAAUAAGGUCUAAAAUAUGCCUUUGUUGUGAGAAAAUGCUGACAUGAUAAUUGCAUUUAAUAAAUAAAUUUGUAAAUCUUA